AUGUGGAAGCCCGGCAGCGACCGGCCAAAGAAGGACGAGCCACACAGAGCCAGCAGCGACAAGGACCAUGCGGCGUCAGCUCCGAGCGACGGUAUGCCAGUGCGUCCAGCCAAAGAGACGCCGGCCAAGUUCGUGCUGUCGCAGAAGACACUGGCCAUGAAGUUUAUGCAGCGCAAGAAGAAGACGGAAGCGCACCGUAUUGCAGCCGUACAGGAACAGCAUAAACAGAAUACGUGGGAAGCCGCGACCAUCGACGACGGACAGAGUCCUGACGACGGCUCGAGGAUCGUCUGCACGCGCGACGUGCCCGACCCGUCGUUGCCGCUGCUGUUCGGCCGUCGCUCCUUUGGCGCCUUCAACAAGAACGUCGAGGACGAGCUGAAGGAAGCGUCGAGAGCGCUGCGCUUCAAGGCGUCCGAGGAGAAGGAGCUUCGGGAAGAGAUCUCGGCCGAGGAGAUGACGGCGCGCAUGCUCAAGUACACGGGACUGGGUCGUCGCUGCGGGAAAGACAGCAGCGGCGGACGACGUCCGAACAGCGGUGGGCGACGUCCACACAGCAACAAGCGGCAGCGGAAAUAA